UUCAUUGAACUUUCCAGUGCUCGUAACCUCAAAUUCUGAGUAGUGUUUUUAGUGUGUUUACUCUACCAAAAAAUGUCUCUAAAAUGUGUAUUUUCUCAAACAUUUGCCAAUUUAUUGAGAAGAGCAAACCAUAGAAUACCACAAUGUUCUUAUCACACCACAAGCUGCCUAAAGAAAGCUGAAGAUCGAAGGGAAAUGCUGGCAUCCAUGCCGGUGAGAGAUGAAGGAACUGCUGGAGAGAAGGUUGUGGAUAUUGACUCCCUAAUUUCCCGGAGUUCAAGAACAAAGAUGUUUCCGGACGGAGACACAGCCAAUCAAUUGUUCAAUGGAAUUCCCUUCAAGGAGCUUCCCGUCUGCAAUAUCAGAGUCUCCAAGAAUAAUACAAUUAUCACUGUGGCCGAUCACAAGGGAGCAGUCAAGAUGAUCAGAUCCUGUGGAAUUGAGGGAUUCAAGAACACCCGAAAAGGAACAAAUAUUGCAGCUCAAGCGACAGCAAUAAGCAUCAGCGGAAGGGCUUUGGAAUUUGGCUUUAAGACCGUCCGGGUGUUUGUUCAAGGCCUUGGUCCAGGAAGAAUGUCGGCGAUUAAGGGACUCCAAAUGGGCGGAUUGGACAUUGUGUCAGUAACGGAUGGUACAAAAGUUUCCUGGAAUCCACCUAGGGCGAGAAAACAGAGGAAAUUGUAAAAGAACUUAUAAAAAAUUAGGUGAAUAAAGAUACAUAUUAGAAUAAAAAAAA